AUGGCUCCCAUCGUUCACUUUGUGCGACAUGCUCAGGGCUACCACAACCUCACAACCGCAAACCACGUCCUCCCCGACCCAGAACUCACGCAGCUAGGCGAACAACAAUGCGCGAAACUCAAAGAAAGCUUCCCCUUUCACUCGGAAAUCGAGCUGGUAGCUGCCUCUCCAUUGCGCCGAACCAUCCAUACCGCAUUACUCAGCUUCCAGCCCGUGUUUGAGGCGCACAAGGACUUCAAGCUUCUGUGUAUCCCCGAAGCGCAAGAGACCAGCGACGUGCCUUGUGAUACCGGUAGUGACCCGGCUGUGCUGCAAAAGGAGUUUGUGGAUCGUGGGCUGCCGGUGGAUAUUUCGUUAGUUCGUGAUGGUUGGAACAGCAAGGAGGGUAAAUGGGCACCCACCAUUCCUGCUCUCAGGAACAGAGCCCGUGAGGUCCGGAAGUGGCUCAAGUCGCGUCCUGAGAAGCAGAUCGUCCUUGUCACACAUGGUGGAUUACUUCACUAUUUGACCGAAGACUGGGAGGAUGGUAGCAUGUACCAAGGCACCGGUUGGGUAAACACAGAAUACCGCACAUACAAAUUCUCCGAAACCAUCGAUACAGAAGACAUCGAAGGCAACAACGUGGAAGGAGGCGACGAUUUCACAAUCAUUGAGACACCUGAAUCCCGAGAGCGUCGUGGAAAGCCCACCCAGGCCCCUUCACGAGCAGAAGAGAAAAUUCUCUACCUCAAGGGUAUCGAAGGCUGGGAGGCGCAAGGAUUGCAGCCCAGCUCGAAAGAGCGUGAGACUGGUAAGGUCUCUGGUGGAGAGGAGGUUGAUGGUAAUCGCAUUUAG